AUGUGCACCGGAUCUGUCGCCAGGUCGCCCGCACUGGGUCCGCUCAAUCGAAAGGUUGUCGCAGGCUUUAACCGUUAUUGGACAUUGAUCCGAACCCGCAAGGCAUAUCCUGGAAGAUUGGACCACCGCAGCUGCCUCAGCAUUCCGUAUCUGAAAAACCCAUCAAUUAUGAUUUUUCAUCGCACCUGUACUGACCACCAGCCUUCCAGAUCCGAGUUAAGAAAACAAUUCUGUAACAUCACCAGAUCCUCGACGGAAGUAGCCACGCAUUUCCUAGAAAACAACCAGUGGGACGUCAGUCGGGCUGCUCAUGCCUUUUUUGAUGAUGCUUCCAAAACCCUGGAUGCGAUUCCCUCGGAAGCACUCGUUCACUUGUUUGACAAAUACAAAGACCCUCAAAAUGAGGCCAUGCUCCUGAUUGACGGUACCCUAGACUAUCUUAAUGAUCUCGAGAUAGAGCCGGAGGAUUGCCGAAGCUUGACGCUAGCAUUUCUCUUGGAUUCCCCGCAAACUGGCGAAUUCACCCGCAAGAGCUUCCUCACAUUCUGGGCCCUGGAGUGCAUCACAUCCCUUGCGGAGAUGCGUGCUUUGAUUCUAAAGUGCCAUUCCAGCAUAAUGAAAUCUCCUACUGAGUUCGAAAAAUUCUACCAGUACUGUUUCAAUUUCAUACGUGGAUCCGAUUCGCGCAUCAAAUCCAUCACCCAUGAAGAUGCUGUGUCUUACUGGAACUUGCUUUUUGGAGAGUGUGCGUACUUGGAGCCAUGCUCUGAGAGACUCAAACAAUGGUACGAAUUUGUGGGCUCAUCGAAAAGACCGGUCAGCAGGGACACGUGGGUGAUGUUCUACAAGUUUCUCAUUGAGGUGAUCAGCAAGGAUCCUGCGCUGCUCUCUGGGUAUGAUGAGAUGAGCUCGUGGCCAAGUAUGGUUGACGAAUUCAUUGAAUGGCUAUAUGAACAUGGUCACCUUGAGGCGAAGAGUGAAGAUUAA